AGGAUGUAUCGUACGCCGGCAGCGGGGUGGGAGAAAGUGACCGUGGAGGCCAGUUGUGCAGCUGGUGAGGUUCCUCACUGGUGUGAUGCCUCUCUUCCAGUCAUCCUACCUACCAAGUGUCCUCUUAGGGAUGAGACCAAGUGCUCACAACACCUGCUGAACCAUGCUUGUGAGGAGUGGCCGGGGGUCACUGGCUGCGGGGUCCCUGCUGUUGGUGUUAUUGUGGGGGUCAGCUGGUCCAGCAGCUGUUAAAGCGUCAUCAACAGUGCUGCUGUACUCUGCCCUUUCAUGGGGUGGUCUUCGGGGCAAUGUCACCUUCUCCUGGGGUGGACCUGACACCAAUGUCACCAUCCAGAUUGAUUUGGAAAUCGUUGGUGUGAGCCUUGUACCUGAUCCAGAAGAGUACAACUGGGCAAUCCAUGAAUGGCCCAUGAGAUAUGACAUCAAGGACCGCUGUGCAUCCUCCACUCUGGGCAACAGAAAGUGGGACUUGUCGCGGCUUUUAGGAAAAUUAACGCUUCCUCAGAACUCGUCAGCAAUAUUCGAAACUGACCAACUGAGUCUUGUGGGUGAUAAUUCUGUGUGGGGCCGUGCCCUCCGAAUCUAUGGAAAGAGCAAGAACACUUGCUCCAACAUCUAUGGAGUGGGUGGGGAGAGGACGUACGAGGCACGGUUCCACUACCCCAUCGGUGGCUCUAUUUGGCUGAGGACUUGGGCAUGGGAUGUGGGUGUUGCCAGUGACAAGGGCGAGACGAAGGGCAUGCAGACUACUAUCUUCACUGAUGUGUUCAACACCGCAGAUGAUGAGCCCGUUUCCGGUGACCACAGUUGGUCUAUCUUCAUAACUGACAUCCUCGAUGACAAAGAGGACCGCCCAUCUUGCAACUUUCUGAGUCGCAUAUAUGAUCCAGAUGGUCGGGAGAAGUGUGACAGUGAUGGGUGCCCACUGGGAGAUCUCACUAAUGCACAUGGCCCGCUCAGGGUUGGCACUGCCAGAUCUCGGUUUUCCCGCAAGCUCUACUCCACCACCAAGAUGGUCCUUCCUGACUUGUCAGGUCCCCGCAAACUUUACCUGGCAGUCAUGGGUGCCCUCCACCCAGACAACCUAUGGGCAUGUGCCAAACUUAGGGUAAUAAAGUCAAAAUCAGCACGUGCCAUUUUUAACUCCCAGGGUGUUACUGGAGAGAUUAGGCUGCAGCAAGCAUCCAUCUUUGCACCAACAGACAUGACACUGGACCUAAAGGGUCUUGCUGGUAAUGCUGGAGGCUUCCACAUCCAUGAGCUGCCAGCCAAACCUCAAAUCCGGCCAGGGGACUUUCCCUGUGGGGCAACCAAGGGCCACUAUAACCCCUAUAAUGUGGACCCAAGCACCUCCCCAGAAGCUGGAUUGGGAUCCCAUGACCAGUAUGAGCUCGGGGACCUGAGUGGCAAACAUGGCCUCCUAACAGGGCUUGAAGAUGCCAUGGCAACUGUCACUGACCAUAACAUACCACUGUUUGGAUCACGUUCCAUUAUGACACGCAGUGUAGUCAUCCAUAAGGAAUCGGGCGCCCGCUGGGUGUGUGCUAACUUGCGUCCAGUUAUUCCACAGAUCCGUGCAGUUGUUACCUUCCGCUACCCAGUAGUGGGAGAGAUCGUUUUCGAGCAAGAGGAGAAGGACCCAUUGGCAGACACGCAGAUGAUGGUAACACACCUGGUGUACUCAGAUGGUAGCAAGAAUGACACGAGUGAGCACCGUUGGUAUGUCAACCAGCAUGUUCCUGGCAGAGACUUUUACAACUGGACUAUGAGAUGUGUAUCAGCUGGCCCUCACUACAACCCUUACAAGGUCAGCCUGGCCGAGAAGGUGUACAGAGACUGCAACACUGACAAUGCUGAGCGUUGUGAGGUGGGUGACCUGCAGACUCGCCAUGGCACACUGAAGGUGUCAGGCACAGUGCGAGGUGUGGCACAGACACAGAGGCUCAUGACUGACACAAACCUGCCACUUUCAGGCCCCAAGUCAAUCUUGGGACAUUCAAUUGUCAUACAUGAUGAUCAUGCUCCCAAGCACAGGGGAGACAGGAUGGCAUGUGCUGGGAUCCACCGACGAUUCCGGCACAAGGGUGUAGUGAGCAAAUGGCAUGCGACGCAGGGGUCUGGCAAAGUGGAGGGCAAGGUAGAGUUCAUCCAGGAGUCGGAGUUUGACCUCACCAACACUGAAGUUGACCUGAGAGGCCUUGAAGGAAUAGCCAAUGGAUACCACAUUCACAUGGUUCCUGUGGAGGGGGAGCUGGAGUUUCCGUGUGCAGCCGCAACAACCCUGGGCCACUACAAUCCACUCAAUAUGACACCCUCCAUGUCACCACCUCCUGGUGAAGGGACUCAUGACCUGUACGAGGCUGGAGACCUGGCGGGCAAGUAUGGAACGCUUCAGGGACUUACAUGGAAAAAAUCCUUCUACAAUGACACUAACCUACAACUCUUUGGUUCUACCUCCAUCAUGGGCCGCUCAGUUGUUAUUCACAAACAAGUCAAGAAUGCUAGGUGGUUUUGUGGCAGUAUUGGCUGGGGUUACUCUCCCAGUGAGGCUCGCCAGGUCUCAGCAAUAGCUUCUUUCCACAACCCUCAGGGCUAUGCCUGGGGCUACGUCAGGAUGCGUCAACUCAUCUACCAGGAUGGUUCCUUUGAUGAGACAUUUAUUGAAAUCAACCUUCGCCAUCCAGGAACCAACAACCGAAACAUCACGCGUCGCCACAACUGGUCAGUGUAUGUAAAUCCUGUCGGGGUGGAUGCCGGUGUCAAGUUCUUCCAGUCCCGAUGUGUGGCUGCUGGUUACCGCUGGAAUCCUUAUCUCAUCCAUCUAGCUUUUCCCAAUGAUCGGGACUACUACGAGAGGGAGUGUGGACCAGAGGUGCCUCUCAGGUGUGAUGUUGGGGACCUCUCGGGACGGCUUGGCACCAUUGAUGUUGGUGAUAAGAGAUUUGUCUUUGUUGAUCGAAAUCUUCCAUUGUCUGGUCCGCACGGCAUCAUGAACAGGGCCUUAAUCAUCCAUAAUGAAAAUGCCGGAGUUGAGAGGUUUGCCUGCGCCAACAUUCAGCCAGAUGAUGAUAUCAUCAAAUGGGUCAUCGUCAAGAAAACACCCAAGUUCACUACGACAACAUUCAUGGAGGAGAUGCGUGAAGUGCUGGGAGCCCCGGAGUGGUACUUGGCUGCCGACCUCCAAACAGUCUCCUACUCCUCUGACCAGCAGUGUGUGACCUUUGUCAUCCAUUUCAUGGGACCCCAAGCUGGCCAACUAGAACUCGACUUCUCACGUAUCCUAGCUGGUGGCAUCCUACAUAGCCCAACAAUCUCCAUCCGUGGUGUUUAUUCUGACCCAAAACGCCCAACAAAGGUUCCCUAUAGGACUUGUGGAGGUCUUGAAGAAGAUGAUAUCCUAGAUGACUUUUCUGAAUCCUGGUGGAAUGUAUUGACAGGAGAUACUGAUAAUAUAGGAUAUGCUACUGCUGCUGCUACUUGCCGCACCUGUAACGGCUCUCUGCUGCUGGCGACUGUGUUGACCCUUCUUGCUGCUAGACUGCUCUAAGAUGUUUUGGAAUUUCUUCGCUGUCUUGAGUGUAUUCUGCAUAUGGCCAACUGUCAGGGAUGUCUGGAAUGGAUUCUACAUGGGGCCUCCCAAUCACAAGUGUCAGAAAGAUUAUGUAUGGUGUGCCAACCUUUUCAAAAAUGUCUGGAACAAUUUUAUGUAUUGACUCUUGCAUACAAAACGAAGGGCCCUUGGAGAAAGCAAGGCAUCAAAGAUAAAGUUGAAAAUAGUUGUACUGUUAUGUACAACAGACGUUUCUCAUUCAGAAAAUUGUUCGAGUCUGAUGUUUGUAGUGAUCACCUGUAUUGCUGUGCUUGUUAGAAGAAUGUGAUGAAUAAUUGUGUGUGUGUGUUUUACCCUACCUUUUAAGCAUCGCUUAGUGUAAUGUAUACUGUACUUAUAUCCAAAUAGCAAAGUUCAGUAUAACAGAACUUAGCAGUUUUGUGGAUAUUUAUGCUGAAAAGCUAUUAAUUUACAGUACAAUGAGCCCAGGGUUUUAUUUGAUAAUCUAAGGAUUUUAAAAGCAAUGCAAGAUUACACAUGUGUUAGUUGCGGUGUACUGUAUCUCAUUAUUUCAUUUAAUGUGUACAUAAAUAUGAAUUAAAUUACAAUUAAAAGCUUGUUUAUCUUACACAAAAUAAUUAUGAAUAUUUAUUAAGACUACUUGUAUAGUAAAAUGGGUUGCAUUUUAUUUGCAGUGUGAACUCGAAAAUUCACACUACUGUAUAUUGUUUCAGACACUUUUUGUAUUUAGUUUUCCAGAUUUCAGAUUCUGUUAGUUAUCUCAGUAGCGUCGUGAACUUAGGAAAUCACUCCAGAAUUCUGAGAGACCCACCUGGAUGUGCUGCAAGCCAGGACAAGAAUUUCUCUUCAUAUGAGGUGAGUGGGGCCUUGGAAUCAAGAGAUCUACCCAAUACCAAAGAAAAAAACUCACCAGAAAUGUUAAGAGCAACAAAAUGAGCUACUACUGGAAGGGAAAAUUAAAAGCAAGGCAAACUGCGAUUCCUACAGGGAAACUACCCUACUGUGAUAUGCUCAUCCUUCACUUACGGCAGGUGGCCCAGGUUCCCCAGGGCCACCCGCAUGUCUCUAACUUACCUGGUGUACAUCAUGGUCGUACAUCCAUGUUUUUUAUUUAUUUUAUCAAUUAUUCCAUGUUCCUGUAAUCUCCUUGCUAGUCUUUCUUAUGUUAUCUUAUCAAAAGUUUCAGCAAAGUUCAUGUAUACUACAUCUAUCAGAGGGCCUUUGUUUGAAUAGCUGUUGAACAGGUUAGGAUAAAUGGAACACGUCAUAGGCGAUUGUGCAUUUAAGUACAUUGCUAAUGGUCAGUGUUAUAUACCUGUAUCAGGUGGGAGGAGAGCAGAUCGAUGGUAUAUUUUGGGGAUGUUCUGCCUAAAAUGCCAUGCAAAUUAGUGGCUUUACAAGAAUGUAAAAAUACCAAUACUGUGUACUAUGUACUUUCACAAACCCAUUGUACCUUUUUGUAAAUACAGUAAAUAAAAAAUAAAUAUUUAUUAUAGGGCCAUAUAUCAUCUACCAGAUGUAGGUCCAUCUACCAGAGGGCCUUUGUCUGAAUUGCUGUUGAACAGGUUAAGAUAAAUGGAACUCAUCAUUGGCAAUCAUGAAUUUAAGUUUAUUGCUGAUAGUGUUUUUAUAUCAGGUGUGAGGAAAGCAUAUUGUCGGUAUAUUUAUUGUAAGAACAAUUCCUGCUCAUUGGUAUGGACACUAUGUAUGUACAACAUAGAGUAAAUAUAAGAUACUUAAACAAAAAA